CUACAUGGGCACAUGGCAAGUCGCAGUGAAAAGUAGCAGUGACUGGUACUUUUUAACAUCACUAUAAUAAAAUUGUUUAUAUUUUACUUCGUCGUCCUGGACUACAUUAUAGGAAUAUCAUCAAAGUACAUGUGAUUGUUUAUACUGUGUUUAAUUCCGUUCGUGCGAUAGGUCUAAAAAUCACCGUUAUUUGUAAUAUUAAUUUUCGUUUAUUUUUCAUCGGUGGUGAUCAUCAUUUAUACAAACCCCACUGCGUUGUAUUUGUCGCAGCAUCCAACUAGCCGUCUCUGCAAAGAUUCUAGACCGUCGUGUUCAUCGUCUUGUUUUAAGUAAUUUAUUACAACCCGCCCAAAACUUUUCAUAAAAUGUCUCUGAGAACCAUCCAGAAAAAAAUACAGUCGUAUGGCAACAUCAACAAAAUCACUUCGUCCUUAAAACUUGUGUCGGCUGCCAAACUAGCAAAGACUGAGCGUCUGCUAAAGGACGUUCGUCCGUUUGGCCAUGGCACGCUAUCAUUUUACAAACAUUAUACACACAUUAACAUGCUCGAUCACAUUGAAAAUCAUCUCAUAUUUGCCAUUACUUCUGAUCGCGGUCUAUGUGGUGGCAUACAUACGUCUAUCGUGAAGAAAGUCAAACAAGAACUAGACAGGCCUGAUCAAAAAUUAGCUAAAGUCGUGUGUGUUGGCCAAAAAUCAGAGGAACUGUUAGCUAAGUCGCAUAAGUCUAACAUUUUAUUUACAGUUUUCAAAAUAGGAAAAGAUAAUCCCACGUUUCUAGAGGCUUCAAAAAUAUUCAAUGAAUGUAAUUACGCCGACUUUAUUGCUUGCCAAAUAUUUUACAACCGAAUGGUUACUAGAGGCAAGUCACACGUUGACUGGAUCUCCAUUUAUAAUACAGAUUUCCUUCUCACGGUAGCUCAUAUUGCUAGUAUGGAAGAAGUAGAAGAAGAAAAUAUGAGAAGUUACAUUGAAUUUUCUACUGUUUCACUUUUGUUUUUUGCAAUGGUAGAAAACUCCUUAUGUGAACAUUCUGCUCGUAUGAUAGCUAUGGAUUCUGCAUCUAAAAAUGUGAAGUCGUUAAAUGAAAAGUUAUCCUUGGAGUAUAAUCGAAAAAGACAAUUUAAAAUCACGUCAGAUCUUAUCGAUAUUGUUUCUGGAAGUCAAGUUAUAACUGAAAAAUAAACUAUUCUGUUUAAAACCA